GCCCCUUGUGUCGGCGUUCAGCAUCUAUUGGCCUUACGUGUGGAGGGUUGCGUUGGUAGAGGUCGUGAAAGUUGCAAACUGUGUUUUGCAAGUCGGGGCGGCGCGCGGAUUGCUAAUAGGUGCAAGGGUAUUUCAUCAGAAGGGGUUGCUAGUAAACAGUGACAAUGACAACACUUGAAGACAGCUCCAUUUGGGAAGAUGCAGAGGAGUCUGUUGGUGAAAAUGUGCUUCGGAUGAAUACGGAGGAGAUUGUUGGGCUCACCCGGCUGCUCGACAACGAGAUUCGCAUCAUGAAGUCAGAAGUCAUGCGCAUAUCACAUGAGCUGCAGACACAGAAGGACAAAAUUCGCGAGAAUACAGAGAAAAUCAAGUUGAACAAGACUCUGCCUUACCUUGUGUCCAAUGUCAUUGAGCUGCUGGACGUGGAUCCGCAGGACUUGGGCGAGGAAGACGGCGCCAACGUCGACCUCGACUCGCAGCGCAAGGGCAAGUGUGCCGUCGUGAAGACCUCUACUCGUCAGACAUACUUCCUGCCAGUGAUCGGUCUGGUGGACCCGGAGGACUUGAAGCCCGGCGAUCUGGUGGGCGUCAACAAGGACUCGUACCUGAUCCUGGAGGCCCUGCCGGCCGAGUACGACUCGCGCGUCAAAGCCAUGGAGGUGGACGAGCGGCCCACCGAACAGUACUCAGACGUGGGCGGCCUCGACAAGCAGAUCCAAGAGUUGAUUGAGGCUGUAGUACUUCCCAUGACGCACAAGGAGCGCUUCACAAACCUGGGCAUCCAGCCGCCGAAGGGAGUGCUCCUGUACGGGCCACCUGGCACAGGCAAGACGCUGCUGGCGCGGGCCUGCGCCGCCCAGACCAAGUCCACCUUCCUGAAGCUGGCCGGGCCCCAGCUAGUGCAGAUGUUCAUCGGCGAUGGCGCCAAGCUGGUGCGCGACGCAUUCGCACUCGCCAAAGAGAAGUCUCCCGCCAUUAUCUUCAUCGACGAACUCGAUGCCAUCGGCACCAAGCGGUUUGACUCGGAGAAAGCCGGCGACCGGGAGGUGCAGCGGACCAUGCUGGAACUGCUGAACCAGCUGGACGGCUUCUCUUCCACCACGGACAUAAAGGUGAUCGCGGCCACGAACCGGGUGGACAUCCUGGACCCGGCGCUGCUGCGCUCCGGCCGGCUGGACCGCAAGAUCGAGUUCCCUCACCCCAACGAGCAGGCCCGCGCUCGAAUCAUGCAGAUCCACAGUCGCAAGAUGAACGUAUCGCCCGACGUCAACUUCGACGAGCUGGCACGCUCCACGGAUGACUUCAACGGCGCCCAGUGCAAGGCGGUCUGCGUGGAGGCGGGCAUGAUUGCGCUGCGUCGGGAGGCCACCACUGUCACCCACGAGGACUUCAUGGAUGCCAUCAUGGAGGUGCAGGCCAAGAAGAAGACCAACCUGAACUACUACGCCUAGGUCCCACGUCUGUCAGCGCCGAGAUUGCACCGGUGUUGUGUCGUCGCGGCGUCGCGUCGCCCUGGGGGAGACUGUGCCCGGGAGCGACCACCCUGUCCUAGUGUUCAGUACAUUCAAUACAUGGUCGGCUAUCGGAA